UUCUGUUUCUCAGUUAUCUAAUUCCUCUGUCCCUUCAGGAUCCAGUUCUCAAAGCAGUCAAUCUACUGAGACGCCAAGGCCAGCCCUGCUUCCCACCCCUGGUACCUAUGCAUCAAAAAUAGCUAGUUCGACUGUCUAUUCACCUUACCAUUCUCAAGUAAGUUCAUCCUUCGGCUCUCCAGACCACGGAAAGUCUCAAGUUCAUCUUGGUAAACAAACUGUCUCUGUUUCAUCUGAGCAAGGAUGUGGGGAACUGAAAACCACUUCUGCAAUGUCUUCAACACAUGCACCUAUCACACAGGAUAAACCAGUGAGGUCAGGUGGAUUGCUUCCAGAUCCUCCCAGAUCAGCACGUUUUGAAGGCCCCAGAGGCCCUAGAUUUGAUGGACCUCGAGGAAGAGGAUAUGACAAAUUUGAAGGCUCAAGACAGAGAGGACCUCGGUUUGACUUCCAGCGCUCAGAAGGAUACAGGUCACGUUUUGACCGACAGAACACAGAUGGUCAGUCUUCAAGUAGAUGGGGUACUAUCCCACGAGGACCAGCAGCACAAUUUUAUACUUCGACAAGUGCAUCACAUGGACAUGGUUCCCGACCUAGUGGUCCACGGUGGAGGGGGCCCAGGCCUCAUCUGGGGCAGCAGCAGCAGCAUUCACAGAUAGACUCACAGUCAGAAAACAAAGAAGCUUUCACAGAUAUAGCUGGCAAUCAGCAGACUAUAGCCAGUUGA